CACCUCUCUCUUCUUCCUCCUCCUCCUCCUCCUCCUCCUCCUCCCCCUCUCCCCGAAACCCUCACCCCAAGGCAAUCGGUGUGUGACAGGGCACUGUGUGUUUACUCACUCUACCCUCCUUCACCCAACCGCCACUACCACUAGCUCACCUCUGCCCUCUCACACUACCUUCCACUACACUCUAUCUUAUACAUAUAUAACAAUAACAACGUGAUCAUCAUGGGUUACGGUGACGAGAUCUCCGGUACGGACAACAAGUCCCAGAAUGUCAUGGGGGGUGAGAAGUAUGGUGGUGCCGCCCAGUUUGACGGCGACCUGGUGGAGAAGAUGAGCGAGGGCGAGCGGAACAUCUACGAGGCCGGUAUCGAAAAAUAUAACCGUCUGGGAUGGAAGCGCCUGACGGUCGUGCUGAUCGUCGAGGCCAUUGCGCUGGGAAGUUUGUCCAUUCCCGGCAGUUUCGCUACCCUCGGUAUGGUGGCCGGUGUCAUCUUGACCGUGGGACUAGGUUUUGUCGCCAUCUACACCAGUUACGUCGUCGGUCAGGUUAAGCUGAAGUUCCCCGACGUUGCCCACUACCCCGAGGCGGGACGUCUGAUGUUCGGCCGGGUGGGUUACGAGAUUGUCUACGUGAUGCUGGGUCUGCAAUUGCUCUUCCUGACGGGCUCGCACUGUCUGACGGGUACCAUCGCCUUCAUUAACAUUACCGAAAGCGGCGUCUGCUCCGUCGUGUUCGCUGUUGUCUCCGCCAUCAUCCUGCUGCUCUUCGCCGUGCCCCCCAGUUUCGCUGAGAUGGCCAUUCUGGGCUACGUCGACUUUGUCUCCAUCAUUGCUGCCAUCCUGAUUACCAUGAUCGCCACGGGCAUCACGGCCUCCGACUCCACGGCUGGUCUUUCCGGGGUCAACUGGUCCGCUUGGCCCAAGGAAGGCAUCACCUUCACCGACGCCUUCAUUGCCGUUACCAACAUCGUCUUCGCCUACAGUUUCGCCAUGUGCCAGUUCUCCUUCAUGGAUGAGAUGCACACCCCUAAGGAUUACGUCAAGUCCAUCUGGGCCCUGGGUCUCAUUGAAAUUGUUAUCUACACGCUGACGGGUGCGCUGAUCUACGCCUUUGUUGGUCAGGAUGUGCAGAGCCCCGCUCUGUUGUCCGCGGGCAGCAUGGUCAAGCGUGUGGCCUUUGGCAUUGCGCUGCCUGUUAUCUUCAUCAGUGGCUCCAUCAACACGGUGGUGCUGGGUCGCAUGAUCCACGGGCGGAUCUUCAAGAACUCGACCAUCCGCUUCAUCAACACCAAGAUGGGCUGGAUCACCUGGCUGGCGCUGAUCACCGUCAUCACCUGGGUGGCGUUUGUGAUCGCCGAGGUUAUCCCCUUCUUCUCGGAUUUGCUGUCCAUCUCCUCCUCGCUCUUCAUCUCGGGCUUCACAUUCUACUUCCCCGCGCUGAUGUGGUUCUUGCUGGUGCGCGAGGGCAAGUGGAACACGCCCAAGAACCUGAUGCUGGGGGCCCUGAACCUGUGCUGUUUGAUUAUUGGUCUGGUGACGCUGGGGGCUGGUACCUAUGCCAGUGUCGACGACAUUAUUCUCAACUACCGCAGCGGAUCCGUGCGUGGUGUGUUCACUUGCGCCGCUCCGGAGUAAAGCAUUUCUUGUGUGAUUAAUUCGAUGGGGAGGCGACUCCGACCGGGGCCAAACCUCCUCCCUUGCAAAUACCCCCUCCACUGCAUUUGCAUUUGAUGUACAUAUGACUCGAUGGUUAUGAUUUUCUGUUGUGUGAAUACAUUUACGAGCGCCCUGUUGAUACACGAGCGGGUCUUUUUUCUGUCAUCUUUGCUCCUCAUCAUUUGCCCUGAACACUCUCAAUAUUCUCUGCACCAGCACUAUACCUCCCCAUGUUCUUUUUGAUCUUAUUCAAUUUUUCUUUCCCAGCGAUAGAUCAAGACCCUGUUC